ACCAAUGUAAACACAAGCAGAAACAGAAACCCAAAGGGAGGGACAGUUAUGGGAGGCAGAGUAGCUGAUUUAAACAAAUAUCAAACAUUUUCUCUUUUCAUAUGCUCCUAUCAUACUACUAUAUUUUCUCCUAUCAUACGCUAAAAUAUUCAAUCAUAAACAUGCAGUAAUGUACUUUGAGAUCGUGUGUCUGCAAGUUUCCGCCCAUGAUAUUACAUGUGGUAGAUUUUCCAUUUCAAGUCAGGGGAAAGGAUAUUAUCCAGAACGGGUGAUCACAUGGGCGUGCAUGGCCUAACCACCUACGUGGAGGGGAACAAGCAGUUCUUCCAGGACGUAAAGUUGAGAGACAGCGUCUUGAUCAUCGAUGGCUGCAGUCUUUAUUUUCGCCUUUACUUUAACCAUAGCUUGGACCAGCAGCACGGGGGCGACUAUGAUGCCUUCUCCGCUCUGCUUCACCAGUUCUUCUCAGCCUUAGCGGUUUGCAACAUCCAACCCUUUGUGGUGUUGGAUGGAGGUAUGGAUCCUAGUGACAAAAAAUUCUCUACACUGCGAGCGCGUCUGCAGUCCAAGAUCAAGGAGGCAGACUGUCUCUCCCACGGUCGCCACGGAUCCGUUCUCCCCUACUUGACUAGGGAUGUCUUCAUUCAGGUCCUCACCCAGAGGGGUGUUCCUUUGGUCCAGUGCCCGGCCGAAGCCGAUUGGGAGAUUGCCUGCUUGGCCCACCAAUGGAACUGCCCGGUUCUGACCAAUGACAGUGACUUUUUUAUUUUCGACCUGCCCGGUGGCUACCUGCCUUUUCGCUUCUUCAACUGGACCAACGUCAACGGUAGAUCUCCUCACCAGUGGAUCUCCACGCGCUGCUACACCACCCAGCUGCUGUGCCGCUAUUUCCGAGGCCUGAACCACCAGCUAUUGCCGCUGUGUGCCGUGCUGAGCGGGAACGACUACGGCACGCCCAGGUGCGCCCAGACGCUCUUCGCCAUGCUGGAUCUGAGCGGGUUGGACGGCACGAAAGGUGGCAGGUGGCCGGGGAAGCCGUCUUCGACCCGCAUCGAAGGCCUCCUCUGCUGGCUCUCUUCUUUUCCAGGCCCGAGAGAGGCCCUGGGAGAGAUCAGCAGACUACUGGGGGAAUCGGGGAGACCUGGAGACGGAGGAGGGGGUAGGAAGCAGGAGACCACCAUGGGUCAAGCUAGCUCCCGGCUGUGGACAGCCAUGCAGGAGUACUGCAUUCAAACCGAGAGCUCCCUUGCCGCGUGGUUCUCUGGAGGAAAGAUCGCUCCAGGUGCCAUGGCGACUCUGACCGCACCUCUGCCAGAGUGCCUGGGCUUGGCGGCGGCUGGUGGGCUCUUGUCCCCCUCGGUGUGGGAUGUGGUGGUGAUGCGCAGGGUCUUGCUCUAUCCACAGGUGGAGAAUAGCAAGCAAGCGAGCUGCCACGACUGCUCCCGAGCCAUACGCCAGGCCAUAUAUGGGCUGUUGCUUCGGAGGACAGCUCAGAAGGGAGCAGACACAUCGGACCUAGGAAGAGGCGGUCAGAUGGUUGUAGGCCCGGGAGGUAUUGCCCUAGCUCAGGAAAGUCCCGGCCAGAGUGAUAGAGGUGGGACAGGGAGAGGUCGAGGAGAACGUGGUAGAGGUGGAGGUGGAGGAAGGGUUCAGGACCACGGUUCACAGGAACACAAGAGUGUAGCUAAAGAUGGAGUGGACGGCGGGCAGGGCAGCAGUGGGGGAACGGCUCUGGCCGAGGGCUCUACUGCCCCCAUCUGUGUGGAGGAGUAUAACCGGCAGCAUCUUAACCUUAAGAGGAACCAGGUGGAGCUACUACCAUCUAGUCAGGCCUUGCCUCUUGAUUCCCUUGUCCAGGCUCCAUUGCCAGUUCGAAGAAAAUUCCUUCUGGAUAUCCUUGGGGUCAAUGAUUCUGCCUUGGCCUCUGUUUCACCAAAUCUCUGGCUGGCAGUGGGAGCGACCAUGUUCUGGUUUCGAGAGGCCAGUCCGUCUCCCUCGCUGCCCCAGCUUCAAGCUCUGAUUCUGGGCAUGGUCCACGGAGAAGUGGCCUGCAACAACCAAUCUGGAGCCACUGCCAACCAGUUUUCAAUCCCUCAGUUGAACUGGGCAUCAGAGCGAGGCGUCUGGGGCCGUCUGGACAGGCUGCGCGUGAGGCCAGGGGAGAGGCGGGGCUUAGAUAUCGGAGCAGCUCAUGGUUACUGCCAAUGGCAGGCUUGUCUCUGGAGCGCGUCAUGCCUCAAUCACCUGUUGUUGCAGCCCCUUCCCCAGGCCCAUAUGACUUGGUUGUUCAGCGGUUCGCUGGUGCACGGCCUGCUCAUUAAUCUGAGCGCAGGCCGAUCUACUGAAUCCCUACUGGGUGGAGGUCCCCUCUCCGGGAAGCUCUACUGCACUCUGCUGGACGCAGUGAGGAACUGCAGCUCUAUAACGCCGGAAUCGUCAGGUGGAGGGGCGAAGAGAAACCGGAGGCGACGUGGAGGAAGAGGCAGGGGCGGAGGAGGCGAAAGGGAGACAGACUUAAGCAACAGGUUUGCUUUCUUGAUGACCGAUGAAGAUUUUGAAUAGGUGUUCUGGAAUAGGUGGGUCGGCUUAGCUCAGGAGGUAGAGCAGUUGCCUGGUAACCGAAUGGUCCUAGCUGAGUGUUGAUGUGUCCCUGAGCAAGGCACAAGAGAGAAUUUUGUACCACAAGCCCGAGCUGAACAUAUUUUUAAGAGGCAGAACAUUCCAAUGUUUUUAUAAUGCUAUGCUAAGGAUUUUCCAUAACAGUACGUCCUGCUUUUCAUCUUUAAAAGGUGCUGCGCUAUAGCAGUUUGGUCUGCUAUUUGCUUUCAGGCAGCAUUCAUUCAAAGUCAUGGUGAAGUCACGGUCUUCAUAACAACACGUUCUUUCUGAAUCUGUACCUUAUCAUGGCAUAUGUCUCAGAAGACAUAACAAUAACAUUAUAAAAUGAUAUACAUAGAUAUACUUGGAAAAGGGAUGAUCAAUUGCAUUUACUCAAGUUUCAUCGCAGCUAUUGUAAUUGUGCUACCGAGCACCUUAUGAGAAGUAAUUUUAGCUUUGACAGACUUAAGGUAAAGUGGUGCUUUUUUUAACCCAAACAAAAACAAUCAUGAAUACAUUUUAACGUGAUAUCUUUGCAUGUUGUUUUGUGUCUGCCUUAGACAUUUCUUCAACAAAAACACAUUCAUUGUUUGUAUCUUUAAUGUUUUUAAUUAAAAAAAUCUAUUGUGCAGCAA